AGACAUAGACUUCCGUCACUUCACGCCGUCAUCGGACGGUAACACUCUCCUGGCAUCAGACACCAGCGGUCGAGUGUAUCUGUGGGAUGUCAGUACGCCCACCCAAUGCCACCUGGAUAGCGUGUUAACUCUACCUACAGCCGAGUACGCCAUGAGUGGUGUGGUGUUUGUGGACGAUUCCGCUCCCGUAGUGGGCCUUCAUAUUAGGUAUGAUGUGUAG